AUGUUCGUCAAGGAUCUCCGAGAACGUGUCAGAAAAGCUCAGGGCGAAAGUACCGACUCCGAUUUGGUGGAAGGAUCGACCGCGCAAAAGCACCGAAUAGGCUUCUUAGAGACGAAUUUAAACAAACUUACCACUGUGCACAAGCAAUUAGUGAGUGACAACGCAGACCUCAGAUGUGAAUUACCGAAACUAGAGAAGCGACUUCGAGCAACAGCUGAUCGUGUCCGAAGCCUUGAAUCUGCUAUGCGAGAAGCAAGAGAGGGUGCGCUGAAGGACAGGAGAAAGUACCAGGGAGAAGUCGAGAAAAUCAAGGAAACUGUACGAGCGCGAAAUAUUGCCAGGAGAGCUCAUCAGGCGAACAUUGCCCGACCAGAGAGUGGACAGUGCGUAUCAGCCUGCGGAGAUAAAUGCUUAGCAGUCGAUUGCUACGUCAGUGGAAACGGCUUGGCCAUGUGCAAACACAUUAUCGAAAGUGGAACCAAUCCACCAAAGACCUUUACGGAUAAAGAAUGCGACUUGGAAGGGUAUGAAUUGCGAAAUGGAGUUUGCAGCCCGACAUGUCCGCUUGAAUGCGAUGGCAGCGCUUUUUGCAAAUUCGACUUUCUUGGGCGACCAGUUUGCACCUGCAAGGAAGGAUACAAAAUGAACGGCGGCAAUUGCGAAUUAUUUUGCGGAUUAAACUGCGCUGAAAAUGAAAAAUGCGGUUAUGACUGGAUGGGAAAAGAGACUUGCCGACCUGUUCUUCCAGCAACAACAGAAAUAACAACGACAACGGAGAAGAAAUGCCAGCCAGGAUAUAAACUUGCUGAUUCGGGCGAAUGCGAAUUAUUCUGUGGCCUAAGCUGCGCUGAUGAUGAAAAAUGCGCUUACGAUUGGAUGGGAAAAGAAACCUGCCGACCUGUUCUUCCAGCAACUGCAAAAACACCAACCACAGCGGAGAAAAAAUGCCCGGCAAGAUACAGACUCGCUGAAUCGGGCGAGUGCGAGUUAUUCUGCGGAUUGAUCUGCGCCGACGAUGAAAAAUGCGCGUACGACUGGAUGGGCAAGGAAAUUUGCAAAAAGGUGGAAGCGAAACCGACCUCGUACGUCCCAAGGUGCGAUCUCGAUUGCGGCGGCGCACUUGGUCGCUGCGUUUUUGACAUGUUCGGAAAGCCGACCUGCAAGUGUAGUGAAGGCGCCGAGUACCAAAAAGAUAUCCAAACGUGCAUCAUCCCUGCACCCUGCUCAAAAGAAUGCGAAGAAAAUGAAGAAUGCCAGUUUGAUCUUGUUGGUCAGCAACAAUGCGUUUGCAAGGGACGGCUAUUGAAGAGCUACUUUUUUAGUCUUACAAAAAACAUGGGCAAUUUUCAUAGCCGUAUAAGUCUGGCUACAAAAUAA